AUGGAGAAACACGACCUUUUGAUUCUCGUGGACGCAACGGGGUCCAUGAUGGAGUACCUUCGCUCCCUCAACAACUCCCUUCCACAGAUCAUUUCUAUUUCUGCUCUGACAGGAUGCUUCUCACGCAUCGGAGUCCUCGCCUUCCGUGACUACGACUACACGGGGGAUAAGCUACUCGACUGGCCAGGGUGGCUGCAUCAAAACUCAGACGAAGCCUCGCAAGAAUCUCAGCCCGACCUAAUUGAUUUCGUCAAGCAGCUCAAGCCACUCGGAAAUAGUGACACUGAUGAAGCCCACAAGACUGCUCUUGCUAGGGCCUAUGAGCUCAUGCGUCCAGAUGCGGAAACCCUCAUCUUCCUUUACACCGAUGCACCUCCUCAUCCUAACGUGGAUCAAACAACUCGCCUUCGCAAUACACCUCUUGAACAAGCCGCAUUGAGCCUAACGUCUUUUUCGAACUAUGGACCAAAGUCGUCUCAGGUAUUCACUAUCCUCGACAGUCACAUGAGAGGAGAGGAUGCAGGCUGGUAUACCUAUCUAUGUCACAUUACCGGUGGUGCUUGUACUUCUCUGAAAUGGGAAGAAGAUCCCUCACAGCUGACAGUUGAUCUGCUUUUGGCGUGGAUGGGGGUAGAAAAGGCACCCUCGCCCAGCUCAUCUGGAGAGGAAUAUACGACAGGAAAUCUCUUGCAAUAUCGGUCCGCUGACGACAUCGAAGAGGUUCUCAGCGAGAAAGAUGUGAAAUCAUUGUCUUACUUCUCGCAGACCCAGAACGAUACCCGCAGAAACAACAUCAGAGCCACCUGCUUGACUACCCACAUCCUCAAAAGGCUAAUCCCGAAGAGGACAACUCCUGUCCUGGAUUUCGCAAAACGCUGGAACACAGAUCCACAAUACAAAGAUCUUGUUGUCAAGUGUUUAACGCAAAUAAUCAACGAGAAUGUCCAGGCAAUGGCACUCAACCCUGUUUUCGGAACUCUGUGGAGAGCGGUAUGUAAUGAUAGGGACCAUGGACAUCGUGAAGAGCUCCUGGUUGCGUUUAGCCGCAGUCUGGAAAAGAUUACAGACACGAGCCAACGGGAGAAUAUGAAGCAAUGGCUGGAAGACUCUUACGACUUCGCCCAAGAGAUCACAUCGAAUAUCAACAGUGUGUCUGACGAUGACAAGUAUCCUUGCGUGUUUCUCGAUCCAACUCUGUGCUUCAGCCGUGCAACUACUGGCUCUGGAGAUAGCACCAAUUCUAACUCAACUCUGACCCGUGCCGAUCUUUUGGAAAUUGGUCGAUCAUGCAAUCCCCAUAUUCUACGCCGAGUGGGAACUAUUCUUACCCAGAUGACCGUUGUGGAAUCAGCAAAAGAUUUGCCGGAACACAUUGCCAGCGCCGGAAGUGAACAAGUUGUGAAAAUCCCACUGGCGAUGGCAACACAGAAAUACCGAAGUCUGUUCUGGAAAUAUCUGUUUCAUCUCAUUGUUCCCGGCACGAAGCUUUCUGCUCGUCCUGCUGCUCUUGUCGCUGCUCUCAGUCUCCGCAUGGGAAUGAAGCCACUCACAGAAGUAGCAGCGCGGGAGGUUCUUGGCUUUAAAACCAAGUGGAACGACAUCUCAACUCCCGAGAACUGGAAUAUCGGAUGCUUGACGCUUCUCAUCGAUGCCGAUGAAGCAUACCACAGAAAUCAAUCCGAAGCUCUCGAUCAUGCUGGAGAGGCGAUGAAUAACUACAGGCUUUUGAGCCCCAAUGACAAAGUAUUCUUUGAGCGUCUUGUUGCCUUCAAACUUCUCGAAUUGAACCUCAACACUACACUCAACGCCCAAACGCCCUGGACCCCAGACAAAUCGAGUGGACCCAUUGGGCCGCUGGUGACAUGUCGACUGUGCAAGUUCCCCCGUUCUGUCACCAUAAUGGGAGAAGAUAGCACAUGUGGCCAAUGCAUUGGUGUGCAAGCUGAAAAUAUGAAGGCCCGCAUAGAAGUAGGAGUCUCACACGAAGUCACUUCCACUUCCAAUGCAACCUGGGUUGAAUGUAGAGCAGUGUCCUGCAAGGCCCAGUACAUCGUGUACGCUGUCAACGCAUUGAAUGUGCCUCCGAAAUGCUACUACUGUCGAAACCAGACUUCGAAUGCUGCCCCAACUGUCAAAUGCAGUCGUUGCUUGAACAGCAUGAUAUACCCAACAGAAUACAGACCAUCCUCCUUCGACGAGUCAGAGUUCAUCUGUCCCCAUUGCACGGCUGGCAACGAACCAACCACCGAAGUCGAAGUAACCGCAAACCAACUGGAAGCCCAGAACACCCUUUCCUGGCUCGCACAGGACACAGAAAAGCCAAAUGAAAGGGCCUUUCCAAACAUCUCCGUCUUCCAAGUCAUAUCGACAAUGGGCGCCGAAGGCUUCAUGUCCAGGAUAACUCUCUUCCCAAUCCCGGACGCGGACCUCAGCCUAGUCUACAACGGCAAACUAAUCCACAACUCCCUCGGCCUCACAAAAACUCUCCAAACCCUCGUGGCAAAGCGCAAGACAACCAAAACAGAAUGUUCCCUCUGCUUCUCCUCCUUCAAAGCAGGAACCCUGAACCGAGCCUGCGGACGAAACGGCUGCCACCAGAAAAUCUGCACAUGCUGUCUCGAUGGCUGGUAUGGUCUCAAUUCCGCCGGAUGUAUAAUCAACACGGCGACACUGGCAUGCCCCUUCUGUCGACGACACCCUGCUUCCAAGAGACUAGCAAAGCACGGAAUGGGUAUCCAGGCAAUUAAGGAUUUGGCACUUGCCGUUCAAAACAAGGGCUCGUUGAUCUAUGCAUGGUGUCAGGAAUGUCAUACAGCCAAAGAGUUCAUGGAGCGAAGCUGUGCCCGUGGUGCGCCACCUGAGGUGAAGGACUGGACUUGCGAGGAGUGUCAUGCUGAAUGGGAUCGAAGGAGGUUGGCUGAGACAAGAGAUGAAAGGGCUCGGGCAGAGAUUGAGGCGAGGAUGCUUGAUACUAUUAAGCCUUGUCCUAAGUGUGAGACUAUGACGAUGCGGAUAUCAGGGUGUGGACAUAUGAAGUGUUUGGUUGAAGGGUGCGGUGUUGACUGGUGCUACUUCUGCGGAAAGGACUUCGGCGAUGAUGUGAUCUACAAGCAUAUGAGUGAGGAGCACGGUGGGUUCUUUGGUGGGGAGUUUGAGAAUGAGGAUGAGUGGACCGACGAAGAAGGGGAUGACGAUGAAGAUUAA